AUGGAAAACUUGGAACUGAGGCUCAGGAAUGCCCCCCAUUUUCGCUGUGAGAAGGGAAACAGCUCUGUCCCCGUGUGCCAGAAGUGUGAAACAUGUGUCCUCACCUGGAAGAUCUUCUCUACCAAACAGUGGUUCCGGAGGAUCGGUGAGAUACCCCAAAGGAGGUUUCUGGUCAGCAUCCUGGAGCAGUUGGAUAGCUUGUAUUUGUUACACUAUUUCCAGAACAUCCUUCAGGCCACGCAGGGGAAGGAUUUCACCUACAGCCGGUCCCGGAUCAACCUCAGCAAGAAGGAGGGGAAAAUCAGCAGGUCCUCCUUGAACCAGAUGUUGGAUAAAACAGUCGAACAGAAGAUGAGGGAGAUUUUGUACUGGUUCGGGAACAGCACGCACUGGACGAAGGCAAAUUACACGCUCUUGCUGUUCCAGAUGUGUGACCCCAACUUACUGCUCACUGCUGCCAAUGUCAUCAGAGUCCUGUUCCUGAGAGAGCAGAGCAAUGUCGCAGGGCUCAGUCAGUCCACCAGUGAUGUGUUUGUCUUCCCGGAGAAAGACCACCACCAGUCUGAGACCUCGCAGGUCUGCCGGGCAGCCGGAACCAAGAACACAUCCUUCCCUUUGUCCAGAUCUCCAGGGAAAGAAGGGUUGCUUGAAAAUAUGGGGGGUGGACCAUCUGACGCUGAUCUUGCCAAGCACCCCUCUUGGAGAGGAAGGACCAAGAAUAGUAGCCAUUUCCCGUUAUCUUUUUUCCCUCAGGGGUCCUACACAGGGGGAAUCGAACCUAGUUACGCCAACAAGCUUCUUAUCCCGGUUCCUAAGAUGACAGAUGAUGGGAAACGCAUGCGUGCGAAAAAUCAGAAAUGGAAACUGAGAAUGAAGGUGGGUUGCGGUGGCAUCUGGGGUCCAGACUCGGCCCUCCUGUGGGACCGAAACAGAAUCAUUCACUACUCUGGGGGACAUUUGGUAGCAGUGUCAUCCAAUCGGAAGAUCCAGCUUCUAGAUGUCAUACAAGUAAAGGAGGUACCCAUCGCGUUCCGAGGCCACGCCGGGAGUGUCCACGCCCUCUUCUUGUGUGAGAAGAAGAACUUUCUACUGAGCGGAAGUUAUGACCUGAGUAUUAGAUACUGGGAUCUGAAAAGUGGGGCUUGUAUAAGAAUCUUCAAUGGCCAUCAGGGGACAGUCACUUGCAUGGAUUUAUAUAUGAACAAACUUGUAUCCGGAGCAAGAGAUUGCCAGGUGAAAGGGGAUGUCGAGACAGGGAAGUGCCUGAAGACGCUCAAACACAAAGACCCCAUCUGGGCCGCCAGGAUCAAUGACAACUACACGGAAGGGAGAGCGGGAUAGCUCAAAGUGUGGGCACACCGUCACCAGCAUCUUCUCUUGCAGACUCUCAUUGGCCACGAGGGAGCCGUGAAGUGUCUGUGCUUUGACCCGUGGCAUCUCGUCUCAGGAGGUGCAGAUGGCCUGGUCAUGGCCUGGAGCAUGGUGGGAAAGUACGAGCCGUGCCUCAUGGCCUUCAAGCAUCCGAAGGAGGUGCUUCAUGUGGCUCUUCUCUUCCUCCGGGUCAUCAGCGCCUGUGCCGACGGCAAGAUCCGCAUUUACAAUUUCCUAAAUGGGAACUGUCUGAAGGUGAUGAAAGUCAAUGGCAGAGGUGACCCCGUGCUGUCCUUCUUUAUUGAGGGCAACAGGAUGGUGAUCAACACGGAGAGCAAUAUUCUCAUGUUCCAGUUUGAGAAUGUAAAGUGGCAGUACUCCCUGGACAAGGCCAAACAAAAGAAGAAGGAGAAAGAAGAGGACAGGGAAGAAAACAGCCUUGUGGAAGUUCUCUCCAGGUCUAGCACUCAGGUUUCCAGCCUGAAGGACUCGUUAUCUAGUCAACAAACUGUGACGCAGGAGUCCCUGUUAAGUAAACCACGCAGGUCCCGAGUUUUCCGGAGGGCAACCAGGUUACCUACAGGAGUGUUAACAGAGGCACCUCAAAGUCAAGGAAAGUCAAAAUCACCCCGAAGAUAUGGCAGGAAGAGGGCGAAUGAUGAGAAAAUUCAAAAAGAAAGACGCCCCGUAGACAUGAUCAAGUGCUCGAAGAAAAAGUCCUGGCAAAUCCCUAUGUCACCUGACCAGUUCCUACUGACCGUUAAUGCCCUGCAGCAGGCCCAUAAUUCGGGGGCAUUUGCCUAUCCCCGUAGGCCGCAAACCCAAGUCAUCGAUGCCCAGGGACCUUCAAUUCCACACCCAAGGAAGGUCUUGAGUUUCAAAGGAAAAUCAAUCCAACACGCCGUUGAUAGGUUGAGGCGCAGCGAGCCUCCCGUAGAUGUGAAACAAACCAACAUUCCCCUGGAGAUCCAGAAACUGCAGCCCAACCUGAAGAACUCUUUGCACAGUCCCCGAGUCCAGUCCACCAUACCCCAGCCCGUGAUAAUCCACCCCCGACUCACCGGCAGCUGCAAGGGUGAAGACCAAGUGACCAGCUCCAUCGACGGGACCGUGCGCGCCUUCAGCCCAUUAACCAGCACGCAGGUCAUUAAACCGAACCGCAUGCUGGCUCCACCAGCGGGCAUGACAACCAAAUCUAUCAAGAGAGAACGACCUCACUUCUGUACGACCCUUGACCCCUUUAGAGCGAACACUCAGUUCAUGUUGUUGACUGUAAGGGAGGAGAAAGAGUGUAGGGAGGCCAAGACGAAGGACUAUCAGGCCAGGAAGCCCACUAAAGUGCUCGAUCCAGAAAAAGCCAGCAAAUCUGCAUGGAUCAGGAAGAUCCAAGGCCUGCCUAUAGAUAAUUUCCUGAAGCAAGGGAAAAUAGCGGCUCCUGAACUUGGACAAAACAUGUUUAUCUGA